AAAACCUGUACAGUGCAACCUUUGGAUUCACUGACAGCAUUUUUUCAGACAAUCAUUGCCUCGGCUUGGAGUAAAAAUGAGAAAUUCCUUUGGGAUCCGGUUCAUCCUUCUUGUGUUUGUCUGCGUCUGUGGGGUCUACAGCACCAAUGUCACUAUUCUGUCUAAUCCCCCAACAAACGGAGGGUUGAUUCAGACGAACCCGGAUCAGACCGUGUCUCUGACCUGCACAGUAGUCGACUCCGCUGCACCAGAGGAACUACUGUGGUUCCGAAACAGACAACAAGUAAGCCUCAAAGAUGGAAACCGCGUGAACACGAGCCACGUGUGCGUGCAGCCAGUAUCCAGAAACGACAACACGGUCACUUUCACCUGCCAGCUGAAAUCUAACGUUGAUGUGAAGGCCUCCAUCCAGUUAGAGGUUCAAUAUCCGCCAACUUUAGGAAAAGACGUGAACGUAUCGGCUGAGGAGACGAGAGACACGGUUCUGUCCUGUGACGUUCAAGCUCAUCCUCCAGUGAGCGUGGUCUGGAAGAAGAACGAUGAGCUAAUGGAUCUUUCUUCCAGCAACUACAAGACCAGUAACAACGGUUUUACGGCGACGCUUUCCAUUACGAACGUCAAUCGUGACAAUCACCAGGGCAUGUACACCUGUGAGGCCGACUCAAGCGUCUAUGGAGUCAGCAAACGGAGCUUCAGGGUCACUGUUGUAGACUCUGUGAUGAAGUUCCCUCUCUGGCCUACGGUGGCCGGCGGGGUGGUCGUCCUCUUAACCAUCCUUCUGGCUGUCAUUUCCCGAUGGAAGAAGAUCAUGAAGUGCUUUAAGAAAGACUGACGCUCAUCGAGUGGGCCAUCAUCUGCAGAUCGUUACAGCCACCGACCAUCACAGAGAGGACGUAGAGAACACGGACCGAACAUUUCUUCUUAUAUAAAGAGUUCGACUUAAUUAAAGGUUUAAAACUCC